UUUACGUAUUUUUUUAUGUUUGGCCCCACACAUUAUUUUUAUGUGAUAUUUUUAACUGAAAUAACCACUGCCAAAACGGCUCAUGUGCAAAGUAUUCUGUUGUCAAUAUCGCCUUGAUAAUAUUUUGGUGUAAAACUGCUGUCCUCCGAGAUACGCCCCAAAUAAAAUUGUCUAUUACUCUUUAUAUGUGAUACAAAACAUGGGAGGACCGGUUUUAAUCUUGAAAAAAGUUGAAAAUAAUUGACAGUUUUGAAUCUGUGGUUUGCGCAAGAGAAAAUGAAACUUUCUACUUGUAAUAAAAAGUUGCUUCGGCUCAGAUUAUGUAUUUGAAUUCAAAUAAUCUGAGCGUAUCGUAAACACACAACAAACGAACAGAGCGCUUAACAUGUCUAAAAAAGAAAUGGCUUCAAAGGACAAAAUGGGCGGCUUUCUGCUGGAGAAAAUUGGUGGGCUUGGAAAGUCUAAAAAAGAUAAAGGCAAAUAUACGCACAAUCAGAGGCCAUAUUCAGAUGACUUCACAGAUCAAGUUCAUAAUGAUGCAGAAAAUAACCUAGAUUGUUUAACAGAUGAUCAGAUCAACAGCCAGUUUGAAACUAUGCUGGAUGAUAUGAAUUUAUCUGAAGAGCUUAAAGAACCACUUAGGAAAAAAGGAGUGGAUGAGAAAAGAAAACUUCUCAGCAUGCACAUAAAAGGGAGCACAGCGAAGAGUCGUCUUGAUAGCCCUGCAGAUUAUAUUUCCUAUUUAAGUAAUUCUGAUAUUAGUGUACAUAAAUUAUUUCAGUGUAUGGAAUCAUUAAGAAUUGCGUUAACUAAUAACACUGUCAGCUGGGUGCAAGAAUUUGGAAGCAGAGGCCUUGAUAAAUUACUUCAAAUUCUUAACUCAUGUUAUGGAAAAAAUGUAAAAUAUGAACGUAUUCAGCAUGAGUGCAUCAAGUGCCUAAAAGCUCUGAUGAACAAUACUGUGGGUUUAAAACAAAUCUUUCAACAUCCAGAUGCCUUAAACAUACUUGCUCGUUCCAUUGAUUCGUCGGUUCCGGUUAUUAUGACAGAUGCUGUUAAAUUAAUGGCUGCUUUGUGUCUUGUUCCUCCAAACGGUCAUGAAAAAGCUCUGGAAGCUAUUACAAUAUGUGGAGAGAUUGAAGGUAGAGAAAGGUUUGCUCCAAUUAUUCAAGGCUUGGAAGCUCGAAAUGAAACUUUGCGAAUUGCUUGCAUUCAGCUGAUAAAUGCCUUAGUUACGUCACCUGAUGAUUUAGAUUAUCGUUUGCAUUUGAGGAAUGAGUUUAUGAGAACUGGCCUCAUUGAUGCUUUAGAAAACUUGCAAGUAGAAAAUAACCAAACUACUGAGUUAAGUAUUCAGCUGAAAAUAUUCCAUGAUCACAAAGAUGAAGAUUUUGAUGAAUUUUCACAAAGAUAUGAAAAUGUGCGCUUAGAGUUUGAAGAUAUGAAUGAUUGUUAUGAACUUAUUAAGCAAACGAUAGCUGAAACUCCUGCUGAAAAUGACUUUCUGUCAGUACUUCAGCAUUUACUUUGCUUACGAGAUGAUAUUAGUGUUAGGUCUGCUUAUUACAGAUUGAUAGAAGAAUGUGUUUCUCAAAUAGUAUUACAUAAAAAUGGCUGUGAUCCAGAUUUCAGACAUACAAAAAGGUUUAAAAUAGAUGUCGAACCUUUAAUAGAAACAAUAAUUGAUAAAUCAAAACAAGAAGAUGAACGUGUCUUUGAUGAGCUUAGCAAAAAAUUAGAAGAUGCCUUAACAGCCAAACAAGAAUCUGAAGCAAGGUUGGCUCAAAUUGAAGGUCGUCUACAGGAAUAUGAAGCAAUUAUAACUGAUGCAAAGAAAAAGGGAACACUACCUCAGUUACCACCUGGAAUGACAACACUAAUCGCCAACUCUUGUCCACCUCCUCCUCCGCCUCUUCCAGGAGGUGGAAUUCCUCCUCCCCCGCCACCACCACCUCCUGGUUCUGGUGGAAUCCCUCCUCCUCCACCAAUGCCUGGAUGUGGUCCACCCCCUCCUCCACCUAUGCCAGGAUGUGGUCCACCGCCACCCCCACCUAUGCCAGGCAUGGGACCACCACCACCACCUCCUCCACCUGGUCUUGGUGGAUUUAGACCACCAGCACCACCCAUGGGAGGACUUUCUCCUAAUCUUCCAUCAUCUAAUGUUUUACCUCAUGGAAUGCAGCCAAAACCGAAGUAUGUCUUAGAGACACCUUUAAAACGUGCCAAUUGGAAAAAGAUUCAACCACAAAAGUUGUCAGACAAAGCAUUUUGGGUAUCUGUGCAUGAAGAAAAGUUAGCAAGUGAUGACAUCUUUGAAUCUUUGCUUUCUAAAUUUUCCUCCAAACCACAAACUAAAAAAGAGAACAAGAUUGAUGAGAAAAGGCCAUCAAAGAAAGUAAAAGAACUUAAAGUACUAGAUGCAAAAUCAGCACAAAAUUUAAUGAUUUUACUCGGAUCUGUCAAAAUUUCAGUCGAAGAUAUGCAAAAGUACAUUCUUAAAGUUGAUGAGAAGCAGUUAACAGAUGCUAUGCUUCAGCAAUUGAUUAGGUAUAUGCCUGAACCGGAACAGCUAUCUAGGCUAGAACAGUUUAAAGACCAGUACAAUGAGUUAGCUGAAGCUGAACAAUUUGCUGUUACGAUGGGAAGCAUUAAAAGAUUAGUUCCCCGACUUAAAUCAAUAAGCUUCAAAAUGAGGUUUCAAGAGAUGGUUCAAGAUAUAAAGCCAGAUAUAGUAGCUGCUACAGCUGCAUGUGAAGAGGUGAAGCAAAGUAAAAAAUUUGCCUUGAUUCUUCAAAUUAUUUUGUUAAUUGGUAAUUAUAUGAAUGCUGGUUCAAGGAAUGAGCAAGCGGUUGGUUUCGAAAUCAAUUUUCUGACCAAGCUCAAUUCAACAAAGGCAAUUGAUCAUAAGACUACACUUUUGCAUUAUGUCGUAGAAGUUGUUGAAAAGAAGCAUCCGGAUGCUCUAAAUUUUGCAGAAGAGUUAAUGCAUGUGGAUAGAGCUGCAAGAGUUUCAUCAGAACAAAUUCAGAAAAAUUUAAGUCAAAUGAAGAAGUCUGUGAACCAAUUGGAAACUGAUCUUAAAACUUUCCGUCCUCAUAAUGAUAAAGAUAGAUUUGCAGAAGUUAUGACUAGUUUUCUUGCAGAAGCAUCUGCACAAUAUGAAAUUUUAGAAAACAUGUUCAAACAAAUGGAAAAGCUUUUUGAAGAACUAUCAGUAUUUUUUGCAUUUGAUCCUAAAAAGUAUGCUUCAGAUGAAUUUUUUAGUGACAUCAAAACAUUUAAAGAUAUGUUCCUUGAAGCUUACAAAGAUAAUCUUCAUGUAAGAGAAGUAGAAGAAAAAUUGAGAAGAGCAAAAGAAGCAAAAGAAAAAGCAGAAAAGGAAAAACAAGAAAGAUUAGCCAAAAAGAAACAACUAAUAGACAUUAACUCAGGUGAAGACCAAGAAGGAGUAAUGGAUAGUUUGUUAGAAGCUCUGAAAACAGGAUCUGCGUUUUCUCAAAAACCUAGACGUAAAGCUGCAGCACGUGGAGCUGCAGACAGGAGAGCUCAACUUAAUCGUAGUCGGUCAAGAAGCAAUAUUUUAUCUCAUAGUGGUGGUAGGGAGAAUGUGAACAUUUAUGACUGUAGGAAUGGUGAAAUUGUUCGGUGAGCUAAAUGAAAUAGAAAAUAAUUAUAUUUUUUUAUUGUGUCAAAGCUACUUGGUAUAGUAGAGCUUAUACUAAGUAAAUUAGUAUUGUUUAUAAUUGUACAGAUCACAAAAAGUUGUACAGGUAGCAACUUAGGUUGCAGACUUUUAGUCUUUUUAGUUUGUUGUUUAAGCUGGUAUGAACUCCAUUGUUUCAGUUGUGAAAUUAAUAUUUUUAUUAUAGUCAAAGAUUAUUAUUUGUUCAUGAAUUUUAAAAAGUGUUGAAAUUUAGUUUGAUUUUAAAAUUGAAUUAGGAUUUGAAAUGUAAAUUGGCUUUGUGUGCAGAGUUUUAAGUGCAGAUAAAACUAAAAUAUUGUGUGUUGUUUUUCUCAUUAGUUUUUAUUAUCACUUCAUUUUUAAAAUUUAAUUUUUGAUGUUUGACUUCUUUUAAUUUUGCAAUUGAUAGUUAAAGAUUUUAAGAACAUUUGAGUGCUUAUGUUUCUUUUCGUGAUUUUAUAUGCUACGAAAUGCAAAUGCAAAAAAAAAAAAAUAUUUUGCUGAUGCUUUUCUUCUGGAAUUUAAUUUUGUUAAUUUAUGACAAAACUGUUAAUGAAGAUCGAUUGUAUGAAAUCUUAAAAACCAAGGAAAUAACUCAUAAAUCAAGAACUCGCAAAAUAAAAAAGUCCAAAAUUGUUGGAAAGUGUUGCACGUAUAUUGUAAUCGUAAAGAAAUUUAUUUUUCAUGAAAAAUUUGUCCAAUGUUUUAUUAAUUGUACAUUGCUUCCACGGCUGUGCCAAGUACACAAAAACAGUUCUUCAAAUUGCUUGUUUUUAUAAUGGUCUUUGUUUGACAUGUACAUUUGACCUUUGACACCCUCAGAGACUCCCAUAGCUACCAAUUGCUUGGUUUAUUGGUUUAAAUGCCGAGAUAAAUCUGAGCAAGUGAGUUUCUGAGGAACCUCACAUGUAUAUAAAUUAUAUACUUCAGUUGGCAAUGAGCUUUAAAAUAAGGGGAUGUACACGAGAUUUUAACCUCUAAAUCCACCCUCUUGCUGCAUCCUGAGUGAGUAUAGUGGAAGCAUGAUUGCAUUAUUAGAAAGGAGAAAAAAUUGUUUGUGAUCUGCAAGGAUUACAACUUACAACACACAUGGUGGAAAAUAUAUGCAUUGUUUUAUAUGCAUGCAUUGCGUAUAAUCUAAAGUUAAUAAUUCAAGCGUAAAAUAUUUUAUCCUUGAAAAUUUAAAUACAAGUCACUUUUAAAAUCAUUAUUAGUACUGCUUUCUUUAGUUUUGCAUAGAGUUCAUUGCUAUAAAACUAAUUCACACGUACUGUACAUAAUAUAUAUUUUUUAUUGAAAUUGUAUUUAUUUUAAAUAUAUACUUUCUUCCCAAAAUUUAAAUUUAAAACUUUUGUCUUGGAAAAUACUGCUGCUUUAAUACUAAUUGUUGAAAUAAAAAUACAUUUUGCAAAAAAAAAAUAAAAGAAAGAAAUCAUGAUUUUGUGUUUUACUGCUGUACAAAACUGUUAAUUAUAAGUGAAAUAUUUAUAUUUUGAGCUUCAUGAUAUGGUAAUCAUUGAACGUUGUGUGAUAAUGAUGAAUACAGUGAGAUACAGCUAUAAGAAAAAAAAAAAAGGAGAUUACAACCUUUUUAAUGCAGAGUGUAUAAUAUAUUUUUCUUUGUAGUGCUUAAAGUUUGUUUUCGAAAUUCAGUUCCUAACUCAGUAUCUCAUAUUUUCUUCAAAUGAGGUACUGAGUGGUGCACUACUUUACUUGUGGUGCACUACUUUAGUGGUCAACUUAAACAGGUGGUCAACUUAUAGAGGCUAAAUUAUAUGUUAAGAUCUAAUUCUGUGCUUGAAACUAGCGGUCAACUUAGGUGGUCAGUUUACAAGGGUGGUCAACUUAACAAGUUUUACUGUACAACAAAUGAAGAAACAUUGAGGAAUUGUGAAAGUGCUGUCGAAGCAAUCGAAGUUCUCAAAGUAUCAUAGUUAUAGCACUCAAGGCGUUUUUAAUUUUAGAAUUGUUCAAGUCACUUUUGAUCUGUUUUGAUAAUUUUUUAUAACAAUAAAAAUGUCCAAAAUUUUGCAUGUAGUAUCCAUUGCAAUCAUUGAAAGCUUUAGAUUUAAUAUUGAACUAUGCUAACUUUAGAUUUAAUAUAUUACUGAUAUUUUGCUAGAAAAGGUUUUUGCUCCUUACAAAGGGUGAAAUUUUAUUUGACAGUUAGUAUCCAUUUUGAUGAUGUUGAUUGUAAUUUUAUUGCAAUGUUUUGCAUAUGUUUUGGGUUUGCAAAUAUUGCGAGAAUUCUUGGUCAAUAAUGUGUAGUGAAAUGAUUAAUGUGAGACACCCUGUCUGUUGUUUAUGGGGGAAAAAAUCAUCCCUUUUUAGCACUUAAAUAUUUCUUUUUGUACUUGGAAAUAUAGGAGGGUUUGGUCCACUUAGAUUUGGAUUAAAAAACCCAGUAAUAAAAACAUUUUUUGCUAAAAAAAUGAUAAUGUGAUAUUUAAAAUACGUCCAUUCAUUAAAUCUUUAGUUUUUUAAAAAUUUUAAUGUAAUUUAUUUAUUUUUUGCUCAUGAUAAUUGUGAUAAUAAUAAAAUUGUUAUUCAAAUUUUUGGUUAAAAAUGUUUUUAGAACACUGAAACAGUUAAUUAGAGCAAAGUUUUUGGAAAUCAGUACGAUGCUCAAAUCUUGCCAGUUUUAAUCAUAACCCACUAAAGUUACCACAUUCUGUUUUGCAUUUCAUGAUUGUACAUUAUGUAUUGUUCUUGGACAAUUCCUUGAGGAUAUUUUAUCAAAGUAAUUUUUGAUAUUAAUCUUGUUUAUGAAAAAUUUACCCUUUCAAAUUUUGAGUAAAAGUUAUAAUUAUAAUUAGUGGCAAAUUUACCAUAUCACUAAUAUUGCAAUGUAAGGGGUCCUCACGACAUGGGGGGCCCAGAAGAUGGUCUAAAAAAGCAUUUUAAAAAUAUUUUUCAUUGUUCUGUUAUUCUGUAAGAGUACCCCAAAAAUUCUUGCGACAGGUCCCCAAACCUGUAAAUCUGCCACUGGUGCUAAAUAUUUAAGUGAAUGACUGGAACAAUUAUGGCACAAAUUUUCAAUUAAAGCAACAUUGUUUAGCUUUAUAUGAUGCUUAUAAAUAGCUUGUGGUAAGAGCUGCAAAUCCAAGCUAUAGAAAGGAAUUUUAAAUGCUUACUAAAUUUUAAUUGGAAGAAAAACACAUAGAAUUUUUUUUUUUUUUUUUUUUUUUUUUGCACUUUGUGUGCAUUUACAAAGGAAAUUCAUUGACCUCGCUUAUCACCCCAAGUAAGGAUUUUCGAUAGUAGCCAUUUGCAUUAAACCUUGCAGUCGACCAACACCUUCUCUGAACUAUCCAACAAUGCACCUGGGUAGAAGUAGGUCCAAAAUUCUACCUACAAUAAUUUACCAGUUUUCCCUUCUAGAACUUUCAUAUUGUGGUUUUAAAAUUCCUGCAAUAGGACUGUCUUUUACUCAAUGUGAAUGAGCUCUUUUUAAAAAUUUAAACACAUGCAUUACAGUCUUAGAAUGGGAUUUAAAAUGUUAAAAGCUAACCUCUGGUGUCUUAACUAAGAUCAAAGUAUUCAAAGCAUCCUUUCUGAUAAUGUUUUAACAAUAUAUUCUAUAAUUUCUGUUCUCAUUUUCAAAAAGUUUAGCAAACUUUUUAGUUAUGGAAUUGUAAACCAAUUGUUAAAUAUCUCAUUUGCCCUAUUUUCAACCCUUUAAAUUAAUUGUUGACUUGUACCAGCUAGGCUGGCUAUAUGGGUUGUGCUGCUUCACAUUUCCAUCUGUACCGUAAUUUGGUGUGAAGUCCGACUUCCAUGACACACACAUGCCAUGAGGACCCAUUUUUAGGAUAGGCAACCAUUCACAGCAUAGCAAUGCAUUCACACAAAGGAAGGACAAGAGAGAGAGAGAAAGUACGUCCAUGCCCAAGUCUAGAUUUGAACCUGGGACCUCCCCAUUGCAGUCAGACUCCUCUGACCUCUAGACAGGGAGGGCGACUUUCAAUUAAUUAUUCAGCUUAUUAGAAGUCUAUACAAAAAGUAGAACUAAAAAAAGUUUUAUGAAUAAGCUUCUAUAAUCUAGGGCGAAGUAAGCUCAUUUGAAAAUAGUGAAAUUUCUACUUAUACAUUUAAGCUGUAUUUAAACUUCAAAGUAUGAAUUGAAAUUCUGAUCAAUUAAUUUUCACAAAGCAAUCCCCCCUUUUUUUGUUGGUAAGUUUAGCUGUGCUUUAUGUAUACUUAAAGUAAAGAUGUUUGUCAUCUUUUAACAUAUGAACACAUGUAAUAUACAUAUCCAUAGUCUAUACCCAUGCACAAAUGCUUUCAAAGUGAAA